UACACAUCAGUAUCCAUUGAGAAGUUCGAUAAUAUACACAACACAGCGACUACAGUAAUCAUACAUUCAUACAGAAUGAUGAUCCAAGUAUUUUCAAUUCUUUUGGUGAUCAUAUCCGGCAUCCUUUGCAGUGGGACGCAACAAGGAAUAUCCAGUACUCAAACUGGCCAGACAUUGCAAGUUCAGCCCAAUGUCAGAAAGUACAAUAAACACACUGCUACGGAAAAACCUUGUACCACCGCAGGCUCGCCGACGGGCACGCGUAAGGACAAACCGGACAACUAUUCGGACGCACAGGACUACGUGCCCAUAGGCGGCGUGGCGGGUCCCGGAUAUCCGUAUCCAUACCCGUACCCUUACCAACCAUUGGGCCCUUACCAACCAGUCAGUCCUUAUCUGCCACCGGGUGGCCCGAUUUUAGUGCCAAGCGGCAACCCGUACCGGCCGUUGCAGUACCCGUUCGAACCGCAAUACCCAGUGGACGGGGCACCACCACCACCGUACAAUUACGCACCCUACUACCCUGCAGGGCCACAGUACGUCACAGCGCCACCACCGUACUAUCCCGCCGCACAGCAACCGUUUUACGAACAGCAAGCGACUGUCGUAGACGCAUACCGCUCGCCGUUAUAUCCACCGCAGCCGGCUGACCAGUCGCAGAUUUUUAGACAGCCCACCGCCGCUGGAGGCUUACCGCCGUACUUCUCGUCGCCACACUUCAGAGCCCAUGCGUACAACAGACAACCACCGUUUCUCCAGCAACGGGACACCUCAGGUGCGCCAUAUUUUCAGCAACGGGACGCACCAUUUCUUCAGCAACGAGACGCCGCAGCUGUCCCUGCUACUCCCGCUGCCGCCACCACGACCACCAAUGCCGAAUCGCAAUACGAACAACAACAAUCCGGACAGUUCGACACCAACCAGUUUCAUUACUAACGCCACCGAUCGUAUCAAAAACAUUUAUUACCUGAUGUCUACUGCAAUGACACCGUACAUACACCGAUUUAGAUAAACGGCAUAUAAUGUAUAUCUAUAAUAAAUUUCAGUGCAUUAUAUUAUUUGUUUCCUGAGCCAAUAAUAUAUUCUAUUUUAUUGGUAUCAAAAUAUUUUUGUGAGUUUUAUUCCACUGCGUUUAAUAUCAUUGGAUAUUUACUAAUGGGUAGUGUCGUAAUGAUAUUUUAUUAACUGUGUGUUUUACAUAAAAUCUUUUUUUCAAUAAAUUUGCAAUC